AUGCCGAACUUACAUAGUUGGGACAGGGCGCUAUCCGUUUCCCCCCGUCGUGCUGCCACCUUGUUGUGGUGGAGGGGCUUGCGUGUCCUAAUGACCUCCAAGGCUAUGCCGGAUAGGGUCUCCCAUACCGGACAGGCUCGGAGCGAGGGACCAGACGAAGAGCAGCACAAGGAGGGGCUCUCCGUUGCGUCUGACGCCACCGUCGGAGGAGAUUUCGCCAACUCCUCGUUCCGCAACCAGCGACUCACUUCAACGACCCUUCUGGUGGCUCCAGUUGGAGAUGUUGUGUGUGUAAAGGAGGAUGGCCCUUUGACAUCAACCACAGUAGGGAGUUUAGAGGAGGUAGGCGGUAUAUCCGCGUCAGAUUCUGGCUCUGAAAUGAGCCUGGAAUUGGAAAAAAGCGUAGCUAGCAACGCUAGCUUUGCCAGUAUGGGUAGCGGAGAGGCCCAGAGAGUGCGCAAGAAGCGCACUCGCGCCUCGGAUGCAGACGCCGAAGCAGAUGAUCAUCCGGAAUCUUCGGCGUUCAAAAGGAGAGGCACCCCUGUGCCUAAAAGGUGUAGAGGCCGCCCGCCCAAUAGUGGGCAGUAUUUGGGGCUGGCGAAAGGGAAGCGGGAGCUCAUGGAAGCCAGGAGGGCAGAGAUGGAGCUCCAGGCGGAGAAGGAGGUUCCAGAGCUGAUCCAAAGGCGCCGGCUCGAUAGAGCAUUGCGCCCCGCUGGCUUUGACGACGUAGUCGACUUUCGCCUUUCUUCGACCCUGCUUGAGAGGGUCGAUGAUGUCAUUAAAGUCAUCACCAAAGUCGCUACGAAAUCAAAGAACCUGAAGGGCACUUUUGUAAAAGCCCUUAAGAAAGCGGCUGAGAUGAUCCGGGAGGCGGUGAACGCUCUACAGAGCAUAUCAUCGACUGAUGAAACCCGCCGCCUCCAGGCCGACAACAAACGGCUGCGGGACGAGGUGGCGACGCUCCAAAAGGAGGCC